AUGCAACCCACAACUAUGCUUCCAGAACUCACAGACACAACGCAAACGAUUUCAUUUUCGGAAGGCGAUGGUGUUUCAAGCUCCGAGGUUUAUUCUUCCGAUGUGGUGGUGACCUCUAAUGCUGGUAACCACAAUCAUGGGAGUUCUAAGGUUAAACUGAAAAGUCUUGUUGAUUACAACUGGGAGCCCAAGUUCUAUCCAGGGCAGCUACUAGCUGUUCAUAUCAGUGGCAAAUACUUAGCUUACAGUAUUAAAGCCCCCAAUGCUGCCAACCCUGGUACCUGGAAUGGUAUGGUUCGUGUCGUGUACAACCCUGAGCCGGGCAUUGAUAGGAGAGCACUUAUCAAGGGGAUGAAGGGAGAGGUACAAGACCUAGCUUUUGCUCAUAUCCCAAACCAAGUUGUGCUGGCCAGUAUUGACGAAAUGGGCAACUUUUACAUACAUGAAAUUGAAGUCACUGAAAAUGGACUGCGUGUCCAGCUGUCCGCAGAGGUGCGCGAGGACACAGGGGUGGGUGGUACCACACACCGCGUGGUGUGGUGCCCCUACAUCCCCGACGAGGACGAGCCCGACGAUGACGUAGCGCGGCUACUGCUCACCACCCAUGCCAACCAGGCUCGCAUGUGGAACGUGCGCGCGUGCGCCGCCCUGUGCGCGGGCGGCGCGGUGGACGCGGGCGCGGCGCUGGACGGCGGCGCGGGGCGCGCGGCGGGCUCGCACGCCGGCGCCGUGCUGGCGGCCGCCUUCUCGCCCGACGGCACCGCGCUCGCCACCGCCGCCGCCGACGGAUACGUCAUGUUCGCUCAGGUGUACAUGAACAACGAGAGCAGUCCACGCUGUCUACACAAGUGGCAACCUCACGGGGGUAAACCGCUCAGCUGUCUGUUCUUCCUCGAUAACCACAAGAAUUAUAACACAGACGUCCAGUUCUGGAAGUUUGCUGUAACAGGUGCUGACAACAACACAUCAAUCAAGAUCUGGUCAUGCAAAUCCUGGAACUGUCUCCAGUCGAUUACGUUCUCCCCCUCUCUUGGAGGAGAUACCCUGGGCAUGAAGGCCAUGUUGGACACAAGCGCCAACUACCUGUUGCUGUCAGACUUUAAGACCAGGAGUCUGUAUGUGUUGAACAUGGCUCGAGACAGUGAGGAUACGAUGGCAUAUUGCAAGAGUAUAUCGGAGUUUUUGUUGCCGUAUCCCGUUUUGAGUUUCUCUAUUGUUGAUGCUGAGGAACAGCAAGUAAAAUGUGAGUCGAGUUGCGACGAUCCCUAUCACACAAAUGGUUCUAGUGGGGAUGUUGGGGAUUCCCCUGAUGAUUACGAGGUGCUAGAUUCGGACGCGGAGCCGGCGUGCGGGCAGCGCGUGCGCCUGCGCCUGUACAUCGUACAGCCCAAGGGCCUGCAGGAGGGCGAGCUGAGCUACGUGCACCCGCGAGCCCUGCGGCCCGACCUGCAGAGCGGCCCCGAGGGCGCGCUGCCUUCCAGCAUCUUGCAGCAGCAGACGCAGCAGCUCAAGAGUUUGCUCAUGCGGGCGCAGAUUCACAAUUAAAAAAAUUUUCAGACUCAACCAGGAACUCUCAUCGGUGGUCAAAGAUUAGAGUCGCCUAAUUCGAUGCCACCUCAACUUAACCUUAUGACUCCUGAUGCGUUUAAUUCGCCGGGUAAGAGAGAAGACGACGACCCUCCUCUGUCGGCCACGCCUGAUAUCAGCAGUAUACAAAAAGUCUCUACUGGAGGUGUAUGUGACAGGGCUGGCGGAGCAAGAGGCGCCGGCGCGGAGAACAAGGCGUCGGGCGGCUCCAGCCCCAGCCGCGAGGUGCAGUCCAUCAUGGCGCACUCCGACCAGCCCUACUACUCCGAGCUGGAAGAAGAAGAAGGCUCAAAGCCGAUCACCAAGACUCCAACAGAAGCGGAGGAAGUGGUCAGCGCCAGCGCUGACGCUAGUGAGUCGUUCUAUCCUUCGGAACUUUUCACAAGUCCGGAGAAACCGCCGCCGCCCGCCAAACUCACACAUGCCAACAGCGACACAUCAUGGCCGCAGAUAUCACUCGCCCAGAUAACGGAAGCGAAUCAAAGGAAGGCCUCCAGCGCGCAGGCCCUCAGCGCGCCGGACGGCGUCGUGACCAACAAGCUGGAAGCCUUGGAGCAGAAGUUGGACAAAUUGACUGACUUGCUGAGCGCGCAGAGCCGCGAGCUGCGCGCGCUCCGCAGCGAGGCGGGCGAGCCGCGCGCCGCGCUCGACGACGCGCUGCGCGAGCACGCCGCGCGCACCGCCGCCGCCGUGGACGGCGCGCUGGCGGCCGGGUGGGAGCGCGUGGCGCGGCUGGGCGAGGCGGCCAGCGCGGCGGCGGCGGCGGCGGCGGGCGCGGGGGCGGCGCGCGCGCUGGAGCCGCUGGCGCGCGCGCUGCAGAGCGAGCUGGCGGGCAAGCUCACCGCCACCGACCGCCUGCUGCGGGACAACAUCGACAAGCUCGCCUCCAGCAAGACGGUGAUGGAGCGCCUGAGUUCGUCUAUUGCGACGUCACUUUCGGAAAUGGUGCGCGAAUCAUUCCGCACGGCGCUGUUUGAAAGUGUGGUGCCAGUCAUGGAGAAGGCGCACGCGCAGAUCUUCCGCCAGAUCAACCAGGCCUUCCAGAAUGGUACCAAAGAGUUCGUGGCGAACACGGAGGCGGCGGCGCGAGCGGCAGCGGAGCGCGGCGGCGCGGCGGGCGCGGCGCCGCUGCUGCGGGCGCUGGAGCGGCACGCGGAGGCGCUGGCCGCGGCCGCGCCGCCCGCGCCGCAGCACUACGCGGCGCAGCUGCGGGACGUCGUGCACGGCGUGCUGGAGAAGGAGGUGGCGUGGUGGCGCGAGCAGGCGCGCGCCGCGCAGGCCUCCCGCGCGCACUCGCCUGCCGCGCCCGCCGCGCCCUCCGUCGCCGACCGCCAGCUGCAGGUGAACCAGGUGCAGUCGCUGCUGAUGAGCGGCGACGUGAACGGUGCCUUCCAGCUGGCGCUGUCCGCCUCCGACCUGGCGCUGGUGGUGGCGGCCUGCCGCGCGGCCGAGCCGGCGCGCGUGUUCGGCCCGCCCUGCCGCCUCAAGCAGCACGUGCUGCUGUCGCUCGUGCAGCAGCUCGCCGCCGACAUGGCGCGCGACACGCACCUCAAGCACAGAUAUCUCGAAGAAGCCGUAAUGAACUUGGACACAACGAACCCCGUCACACGCGAGCACCUGCCGGUGGUGGUCAGGGAGCUCCAGAAGCAGAUAGUGACGUUCCUGAGCGCGAACCAGGGCCACGCGCUCACGAGGCAGUUCCGCAUGCUGCUCAUGGCCACGGAGUCGCUGGUCAGCAGCGCGGUGUGACCGCGGCGCUGCUGCCACUGCGCCUGCGCCUGCGCCUGCGGGCCGGUGCACUGACCCCUGACUGUGACAAGUGACAAGUGACAAGUGCCAAGUGUCAAGUGUGUGUGCGUUCAGUGCUUGAUGAUUUGGUGCAUUUUAGAGGUUCGUUUAUUUUGUCCACAUAUAAUCCUUUAUUGUUUCCUGUUCUGAGAGAAUUAAGAGAGAGAGAAGAUUUUUUAGCCAUGACGCUAGCAACCGAGUCACUGGUUGAAAGUGUGGUACGGACAAGCGAAAUGUUUGCGACGAACUGUGUCAAAUGUGACCAGCGAAGACGUUGUUGUCAUUUAAACAAUGAUUUAAUGCUGCCUGAAUAAAAUUGUUUUUGAUUCUAAAUAUUAAACGAAGAUUGAUUGUAUUGUGUUAA